ACCGGCCUCGCCGCCUCGCGGGCUCCGGGGUUAGCUGUGGGUGUCCUUCCUCGGCCCCUGGCCCCGGGCCGCCUCUCCGCCCGCGGCGAGACUCGGAGGACGGCACUCCGUAAGCUCGUAGCGUCGGAAGCACAGGUGCCGACCUGAACCUGGUCCAUCCCUUUCCGACCCAAGCUGUUUACCCACGGGGGAAGGGCGCAUUCAGCGAAAUGGAGACGCUACCAAUCAAUCCAGUGGGAGAGAAAAACAUCUCUGAACCGCAACAACAAUGGGGAAGGAACCCCAAGAAGAGCCUUAAUUCAACUACUCAAACUAGGCAGCAGCCCCAAGAGCCUGAAGUUCUUGAGCUGAGAGUGAGCCCAGCUCUAGCCAGCCAAAUUCUAGAGAUUCCUCAAGGGGCUGGGAAACUGGCUGCUGUGCUUGAAGACGCGGAGGAGUCUCAUGGAUCAGCUGGUGAGAUGCCAGAGCCCCUCCGCGCUUCCGAUCUCUGGGCCUGUCCGGAUGGGAGCUUUGUCAAGAAGAUCAUAAUCCGUGGCCAUGGCUUGGACAAACCCAAGCUGGGCUCCCGCUGCCGCGUGCUGGCUUUUGGGUUUCCUUUUGGGUCAGGGCUGCCAGAGGGCUGGACAGAGCUAACUAUGGGCUUAGGCUCAUGGAGGGAGGGAACCUGGGGGGAACUCACAGAGAAAUGUUUGGAGUCCAUGUGUCAAGGUGAGGAGGCAGAGCUUCAGCUCCCUGGGCACUCGGGACCUCCUGUCAGGCUCACACUGGCUUCCUUCACUCAGGGCCAGGACUCCUGGGAGCUGGAGGCCAGCGAGAAGGAGGCCCUGGCUCGGCAAGAACGUGCGCGGGGAACAGAAUUAUUUCGAGCUGGGAACCCAGAAGGGGCUGCCCGAUGCUAUGGACGGGCUCUUCGGCUGCUGCUGACUUUACCUCCACCUGGCUCUCCAGAACGAACUGCCCUUCAUGCCAACCUGGCUGCCUGUCAGUUGCUGCUGGGACAGCCCCAUUUGGCAGCCCAGAGUUGUGACCGGGUGCUGGAGCGGGAGCCUGGACAUUUAAAGGCCUUGUACCGAAGGGGGGUUGCUCAGGCUGCCCUUGGAAACGUGGAAAAAGCAACUGCUGACCUCAAGAAGGUGCUGGCAGUGGACCCAAAAAACCGGGCAGCCCAGGAGGAGCUGGGAAAGGUGAUCUUUCAGGGGAAGAAACAAGAUGCAGGACUGGCUCAGGGUCUCCGCAAGAUGUUUGGCUGAUUAAAGUGAACCCUUAAAAGAGACAGAAACCUGUGAAUCGUGGUCUGUGCUGUG